ACGGUGGACAAAUCCGAAUCCGACCCAGAAAAAGCAAAAGUCUUCGUAGCUUCUUUAUCCCUCUCAACAAUCAUCGCUCUCUACCUCUUCAUUCUUCGCUCUCCUCCAAUUUCCACAAGUUUGUUGAAUUAGGGAUUGAAUCGGUGGGUGAAGUGUGAAGGAAGAAGAAGAAGAUGUGGGCAGCUUCGUGCCUCGCGUCAUGUUGUGCCGGCUGUGCUUGCAAUUUGUGCCAGUCGGCCGUCUCUAGUAUUAGCCGCCGCUCCGCAAGGAUUGCAUACUGUUUCCUCUUUGCCUUUUCUCUCAUUGCCUCAUGGAUUCUCCGUGACGUCGCGCCGCCUCUGCUCGAAAAGAUACCUUGGAUUAAUCAUUUUCAUCAGAUACCGGAUAGGGAGUGGUUUGAGACCGAGGCCGUGCUUCGUGUAAGCUUGGGGAAUUUUCUGUUCUUCACCAUCCUGUCUGUUGUGAUGAUUGGUGUCAAGAGUCAGAAGGAUCCCCGUGACAGUAUCCACCAUGGUGGAUGGAUGAUGAAAGUCAUUUGCUGGUUCCUCUUGGUGCUCUUCUCCUUGUUUUUCGUGCCAAAUGGGGUUAUUAGUUUCUAUGAGACAAUUGCAAAGUUUGGCUCAGGAUUCUUUCUUCUCGUACAAGUUGUGCUUCUGUUGGAUUUUGUUCAUGGAUGGAACGACAAAUGGGUUUCAUAUGAUGAGCAGUUCUGGUAUGUUGCUCUUUUUGUUGUUUCUCUGGUUUGUUAUCUGGCAACAUUCGUCUUCUCUGGACUUCUUUUCCAUUUGUUCACACCAUCUGGACAUGACUGCGGGCUCAAUACCUUCUUCAUCGUCAUGACUCUGAUAUUUGUUUUUGUUUUUCUUAUAGUGGCACUGCAUCCUACUGUAGGUGGCAGCAUUUUACCUGCGUCAGUUAUAUCUGUGUACUGUACUUAUCUCUGCUAUAGUGCACUUGCUAGCGAGCCGAGGGACUAUGAGUGCAAUAGUCUCCACAAGCAUUCUAAAGCUGUUUCCACUGGGACUCUUACCUUAGGUUUGCUUACCACUGUUCUUUCUGUGGUUUAUUCUGCUGUGCGUGCUGGAUCUUCCACAACUCUUUUGUCCCCGCCUAGUUCGCCUCGUGCUGGGAAACCACUGCUCCCAUUGGAUAAGCCGGAAGAACGUGAAGAAAAUGAGAAAGCCAAGUCAGUGUCGUAUUCAUAUGCCUUCUUCCACAUCAUCUUCUCACUUGCAAGUAUGUACUCGGCUAUGCUUCUGACAGGGUGGUCAACCUCAGUUGGGGAGAGUGGGAAGUUGAUUGAUGUGGGUUGGCCGUCCGUUUGGGUGAGGGUCAUGACUAGUUGGGCAACUGCAGGUCUCUACAUCUGGUCCCUUUUGGCUCCAAUUCUGUUCCCUGAGAGGGAAUUCUAAAAUCCUGCUAGAGAUACGAUACGAAGAAAACUCAAUCUUCAAGUAUGUUUAAUUUGUGUAAUGUGUAUGCCUUUACUUUCCUAAUACUUUCCUAAAAAAAGCACUGUUUGCUCUGUAAAUAAAAUUUGUAUCGACUUCUGGAACAACCAAAUUUCUUUAAUAUUUGCGGGUUUGAUAUAUGCUGCAUGAAGAUUGCUUUCCUGGGAAAUAAAGUUGAACCUGAUGUUGGAUGGAGUCUCAGUUUGUUAUUUGUUUUCUAUUUGGCCGUAGGGGAUUUUCUUGAAUUGGGCAAGCAAUUCUCUCCCUAGGGUUUGAAACUCAUCCUAAACAGAACAGAGUACAGACCAGGAAAGAAAGUGAUUUAGCAUUUAUUUAAAGGUUGGUGUUAUUAAUACAUCAUAUUUAUGAUCGACUCUAGUUGAGAGUCAAUUAUGUAACAAAUUCAAGCAACAUGUUUGUAAAUAAAAUUAAAAUGGUGUGGUGAUAAUAAAAA